AAAAAAAAAGAAAAAAAAAGAGAAUGCAGCGUUCAGUCCAGCAAGCAAACGGCGACGGUGUCCUCGCUUCACCGCGAAAGAAGCAACGCGUGUCGACCGCCAACGCGGCCAAAGUGACUGUCGUUCUCGGAGCGCAAUGGGGUGACGAGGGUAAAGGCAAGGUCGUCGAUAUGCUUGCGAUGGAUGCUGACGUCGUCUGCAGGUGUCAGGGAGGAAGCAAUGCCGGGCAUACUGUAGUAGUAGACGGUGCGGAGUUCCACUUCCAUCUUCUGCCCAGUGGAAUAAUCAAUCCUAGAUGUGCUUCGCUUAUAGGAAAUGGGGUAGUAAUACAUCUGCCAGGUCUUUUCGAGGAGCUAGAAAGCAAUGAAGCGAAAGGUUUGAAAAACUGGCAGGAACGAUUGAUAAUUUCCGAUCGUGCGCACAUAGUGUUUGAUUUUCAUCAGAAAGUCGAUGGCCUCCAGGAAUUAGAAAAAGGCACACAGUCUAUCGGUACUACGAAAAAGGGGAUCGGACCGACGUAUUCGUGCAAAGCUGCCAGGAAUGGACUUAGAAUCGGCGAUCUCCUCGGCGACUUCGACAAGUUCUCGCAAAAGUUCGACACGCUGGUUACUUCGUAUCAGAAAAUGUUCCCGGCGCUUCAGGUCGACGUGAAAGCAGAGCUUCAGCGGUACGCAGAAAGAAUAAGACCGCUGGUAAAGGAAACGGUUCAGUAUUUACAUCAGGCAUUACGCGAAGGGAAAAAAGUAUUAGUAGAGGGUGCAAAUGCUGCGAUGCUAGACAUAGACUUCGGUACAUAUCCCUACGUUACGAGUUCUAACUGCAGCAUAGGUGGUGUUUGUACCGGUCUUGGAUUACCACCGUCUUACAUUGGGGAGGUUGUCGGCGUUAUUAAAUCAUAUACCACAAGGGUUGGCGAUGGUCCAUUCCCCACUGAACUCUUGGAUGCUACAGGCGAGCUUUUACAAAAGAGAGGGCACGAAUUUGGUGUCACGACGAACAGAAAGAGGCGUUGCGGUUGGCUAGACUUAACUCUUCUUAAAUUCACCGCAAUGGUUAACGGGUAUACGUCAAUAUGUUUGACAAAAUUAGACAUUCUGGAUACGCUUCCGAAGAUUCAAAUCGGCGUAGGUUAUCGAUUAAAUGGAAAGGAUAUUGACUAUUUUCCAAGUAGCACCUCCGAUUUAGCAAAAGUAGAAGUAGUUUAUGAAACCUUCGACGGUUGGCAAUCAACGACAGAGGGCGUACGUUCGCUGGAAAAACUACCUCCUAACGCAAAAAAGUAUAUACAAUUAAUAGAAGAACAUCUUGGCGUGCCAGGUAAUAUAAAUUUAAGAACUUGUACGCCUCUUUUACAUUUUUUCCCCCCGAAAUUUACAGUUAUUAUUUCAGUUAAAUGGAUUGGAGUGGGAGCAGGCCGUGAAAGUGUAAUUACACUUUGACGUUACAAAUAUUGGUUACAACGAUGGAAAUAUAUUUAUUUGUGUAGGAUCAGUGGAUUGAGCGAAUGAACGUGUGAAAUCUUUAAUAAAUAAAAUGGAUAUAUUUAACAGUUCUUUACAAUCACGACGCUUAACAUAACGCAACGACUUUAAUACAAUAUACUAACACGAUUUUCUCGACGAUUCAUCUGAUUACAUUCUUAGAGACAUUUUACAUGCACGUUCUUAACACAGACAGCCAAAUCUUCACGUGGACUCAUACAUGUCUCACGUACGGUUUUGGAAUCGCUCUUCACUCGUAAUCAGCAUUCUGAUCUAAAUAUUUGAUAUUUAAAAUAAUCAUUCAUCAUCCACAGGUAAUAAUGAAUUUCAUCAUGUUCAUGAGUGGGAACAUUCAUGGGAACAUUCAUGAGUCUCUGUCUUAUAUACAAUAAUGAGAUUAUUGUUUCAAAUUCUUUGGUUGUUGUUAUUAUGUAUGAUUCCAAAAUCUUGGACCAGAUUUUCGUCCUAAUUUUAAUUGAGUUCUUUGUAUUGCAAUUGUCAUUCAAUAUAUUAACUAAUAUUUUUUCCUCUUUUUUAUUGUAAAUUUUCUUAUUUUAUUUGUGUAUUUUUAAAAUCACUUUUUUUCAAUCAAUUUCAAUCAUUUCACUUUGCCUUCAAUUCAUCACAUUAUUUUACUUCUCUUUCAAUUCAUCAAAUUAUCUUAAUAUGUUUUAACUUACUCUUACAUUCGAAUGACCUGACUUCUGUAUUUCUAUUUGGCGUGAAAUUUAAGAAUCUUUGUGCCAAACUUAAAUACAUAUGUUAUUGUUAUUGUUAAUUUAUUACUCAUUCUACGUGGCCCUUAGCUCGCAAUAGAGUUAGAAUAGCUUUGGAAAUGAAAGCGCCAGAUUGCGAUUUAUUGCUUUUUUUAGAUAAAUAUAAUUAUAAAUUUUGUCGAAUCAGUUGCAAUAAUAUUCACGUACAAAUCUCUUUUGUUCAUUGUGAGUACAAAGCUUGAUGAUUGAGUACAAUUUUCAAUAUAUUGAAACUGUCAGCAUCAUCUUCCAAUUUAUAAUUAUUAUUUUUUUGUCUCUCACAUUGUAGUAAAUAGAAUUGAUAUAAUCAAAGAAAUCUAAUGCAUCUGCAAUUAUAAUAGUACGAAACUGUUGCACUGACUGUAGUUGCACUGUUAAUUGCUGCAUUUGUCAAUACUCUACGUUUUCAACUUGCAACUUCUUGUAAUAUCACAUCUCACAGUGUUCUGUUGCUUAAACCAUAAAAAAUGUUGUCGUUGCCAACAAUUGCCAUCAAAUUUAACAUACACUCGAAUUUGCAUAUAAUUGAACACAAUUUUGCAGUAUUCACAGGGUCUGCUUUUCAACGUAUAUUUAUACUCAUUUGUACAGUCACCUGUAUGAUCCAUUAUAUCUUCAAUGGAUCAUAUAACUAAACAACCCGAACGAGUCUCCCAAUUUUGUAAAAUCAGUAGAAUAAACGUGUGAAGACUUCAAUGCAACACAGCAAUAAUAAUUCUUUUGUUUUCUAAUUUAUAUUCUUGAAGACUUUACACGUACAAUGCACAUUUUUAUUAUGGACAGCCAAAUCUUUACUCAUCUGGUCAUGUAUGUACUAGAAAGAUUUUUAUUUACAAUCAAUACUCUGAAUUAAUCAUUUAAUAUGUUUCACUCUGCCCUCAAUUAUUCAUUAUCCGUUCUAUAUCUGUAGAUUAUGUCAAAUCCUAUCCACAGUUGUCAUACCUUAUAUUUGAUCCAUUCGGUUUGUUAUUCUUUUGACAAUAAAUGUCAAUAAACUAAAUUUAGUUUGUCAAAAGAGUUGAUAAAACAAGCGCACAGAAAAUAAAUGACAAAGAAAUUUAUAGUAUUAAGCUUUUGAAUUUUAGUAGUAUAUAAUAUUGAAAAAAGAGAACAGAAGUCUCAUUUUUUCAAGUUCCUUCUCCUUAUUGGAUAAUUCAUGUUAAUUCAUGAUAUCCAUUGUUUGAAUGUAAAAUAAGAAAUGUUAAUAAAAAUGUAUUUAUUUGAAAAUUGUACGUGUUUAAUAUCCGAUUUUUAUAUUGUAUGUCGUUAAAUUUAUUAAUAAAUUUAUUAAUAUUUGCAGGAUCGAAUUUAA